GUAUUUCAGUCCAAAUGAUUCUGGUUUUGAUAAUGCUGUGUUGAAAUGGAGUCUGUUUACGAAAGAUUUGAUUCAUACGACUUCGAGAGCAAUGCCAGCUUUCAGAGAGGUUUAAGUACUAUCAGUAACCUCGGCGACAAUCCAGAAGAGACCCUGAAGCUUAAAAUGUUCUUUUAUAACAGGUUCAUCGAACCCAUUGACUUGGAAGGGUACAAGCAGUGGCAGACUUGUCAAGCUCCCAUAUCAUCUUCAGUUAGACAGGACCCAAGUGCUGAAGUUGGACAGAAUCAGUCUUGUCUGGACAUAAACAGAGACAACAUAGAUCCUAGUUCGGAGCAUUGUAAAGGCGAACAAGCGUCUUCCCCUUUGAACAGUGAUACUCAAUCGCUACCUGAGGCCUCACUGUCUUUCGUGGAGGUGUUCCGAAUGAUUCAGGCAGGGGAGGAAGUCCCUGGACUAAAAAAGCUGGACAUUAAACCAAAUCAUCAAACUCCGACUGCCUCCCAAAAGUCCCGGAAACUAAAACCCUGGGAGAAAUAGAAUUCAUCCUGAGGAUAAAACAAACUUUAAACGAACUAACAUUUCCAUUCAACACUUGAUUCACCAAACAUUAUGAAAAUAACAAGUAAUCGUGAACAACACUACACAUAAUAAAUACAGCAA